UAAAACACACAAUCAUGUUCAUAAUAAAACUAAUCACGAGUGAAGGAACGAAAAUACUAAAUUUCCAAUGAAUGCUCGUUGUUUCCUUCUCUCCUGGCAGCCUGCAAUUGGUGGACUUUCUGCUCUUCGCUCUCUCGGCGCUGUCUGCUUGUACUUCCACAAUUUCUAUCUUUCCACCUAAAAUAUAUCGAAAUUCUAACACAUGGUGGUAAUGGUCUUAUAACCAUUCCGGAGUCAGUUGGCCUUAAAACAAGCAUUAAUAUGCCAUCCAAUUUUGAGGAGUAAAAGAAUGAUGAGGAUUUAAUUAUGUAAUAAAUUUCUUUAAACGUGUGUGCUGAUGAUCACUGGCGCAGUUAAAAAUAGAUUUUAGUGGGUCUCCAGAGGCAGAAAUGAUGGAAUGCAAUGUGAGUCGUGAUAUUAAAGGUUUAUUUCCUAUGAAAUGGAGAUCCGUGGUUGAACAUGUAUAGACUCCACCUUAAAAUUUCACUAUUUCUAAUGUGUUCAGGUUUCAAUUGGGUACGUGGAUCUCACAAUCCCUAACCUAGCUCCGCAAAUACGGACAUCAAAUAUAUAGUUUUUAACUAAUUAACAUGGGUUACUCGAACCGCUUCAUAGUAUUUUUUAUCACAUUAUUUUCCCCAUUAAAUUUUGAAAUAAUAGAUUGAACUUCUAGGAAUAAGGAUAAUUUUCCCGUUCAAACCCUCCCUACUACUAGUAGCUAAAGUGAAAAAGCUCCCUGAAUGAACAUUUAAAAGUUGGGGGAAUGGGGCCAUGGGGAUGUUGGAAACAAAGAGGAGUGAUUGAUGGACCCACGACCUUGACCCUAACUAUCUUUUGAUUUCGGUUUGAAAUUAAUAAGUACUUAUGAAAGUUGAUAUGAUUUAAACCUGUUUAUUUGACUUAUGAUUAGGAGUCACGUUAACCUGUUUUGUAAUAUGUACUUUUUUUCAAAAUAGUUUUGUUUGUUUUUCUGGUCUUAGUAUUAGUUGACAUGCACAUCUUAUCAGUAGAUCACGAUGUAUGUUCAAUUACUUUUUUUGUAUUGUUUACUGCUCGCUUCGUUGUACCAAUAAAAAAGAUUUUGUUUCCACACCUAAAAGCUCGCUUGUAUUAUAGACACAAGACUAGACACAAAAGAGUCACAUGGCUGAAAUAUACCACAACCGCACAUCGAACCGUACCAAACUAUUUUACAAAAAAAAAAAAACUUUUUUUGUCCACCAAAUAAGUUGCCCUACUAGUUUGUCGAUCAACAAAUCUAACAUUAAAAUGAUGGAAGCAUUGACGCAACGUAAUAAAUGUAUUUUCUCCAAAAUUGCACUGUCGAGCGGAUCUCCUAAUGACCCCCUCCGAAAUCUUCUCCCGCAGCAUCAACACUAGCUUAUUGGACAUUCCGCAGCCAAGCACCAUCGAACCGCAUCCCUAAUAAACUAAAAGCUCCACCAAGAACGAGUCGUUAAUAACAUCAUAGAGGGACGACAUAGCGCUUACCGUAACUUUCGUACGAAUCGCCCCAAACCCACAUGAGAUCCCUUUUAGUUGAAAAUUACCAAACUCGAGUAUUAGACAUUUUUUUUCCCUUCGAAAUCGUUUUAACGUCUCAAAACUGCUGGAUGACAAUAUAUUGUUGACAAAAAGGAAUGAGUCACGUCGGCGUCGUUCGUCGGCAGGCCGAGGGCAGCAUUUGCUCCGUUCCAAUUCUUCCUUUGUUUGGUUCAGUCGCACUCAUCACUCCAUCCAUCGCCGUCGUCGGCGUCGCCAUCAUCAUCAUCAUCAUCAUCCACGCUGUUUCAGCUCUCAAAACAAAAGAUCUCUGCACCUUCUUCCAGCUUUCAUUUCGUUUUGUCUCCUUUGCCUUCCCCACAGGCCACAGCCCCUGAAUUUUGUCCUCUUACUCUGUUUUCGUUUACCUUUUCUUUUGAAACGCGAAUUCGUGUUUUUUUUUUCUGUGAGAAAAAUAAUAAAAAGGGACAUUCUUUCCAGCUAUAGGACGCCUCCUUAAUCCAGUGCUUCAAACAAAACUCCUUUAACCACCGCGAUACUAUUCCUUUCUUCACUCUUUAUCCAAAUUGCAACUUUCCAAAAUUAGGGGUGUAUAAUAUAAGGGAGUUUUUUUUUUUUACCUUUACUUUUGGAUGUCCUAUCAAAUUCAAAUUUGAUCAACAACUAAACAUAAUCGAUGGAGCAGUAUGUUCAAGAUCGAUAGAACGAUCAGGUUUCGAUUUUGAAAGUUUCGAAUUCGAAUUCCUACAAAUGCUAUUUGAUAUCCUGGUGCAUGUUCUUUUGAACCGGUUAUUUCAUGAUGUUAACAGGCAGGGUCUCAAAGUCUUGCAUGAUUAAUAUAAUGAGUCAGGACAC